UGUUCCGUUGCCAAGGAUCCUUCUCCAAACCACUUGAUGGACACUUCAGAAAAAUACAAGGCAAAGAAGUCCCUAGCAUACAUACCAUGCUAAUGUAGCACCAGUUGUUUAGUUGGAAUCAACUGAAGUAGUCAUAUUUGUGCAUGCAAACUUCGAGGAACAAGCGAAGUUUAAGCUUUACAAUUGUUAAUACUACCAGCACAGUAUCUACGCCCUUCACUGCCUGUUGCGGGUAUCAUAUCGUUAGUUGUGUUAGCUGGAGUGCAUGUUGGUGGUUUAGAUAGCAAGUUGUCGCUAGCCUGUUAGCCACCAGGCUGGCAGAUGUCUGGCUGAAAUGGUGUAUUUUGUGUCUUGGCGUUUGUUAAUAAGAUAGCUCUAGCUAGCCAUUGUAAUGGUUGUAAAUAUAAAACACAGCUUGAAAUAUUAUUUUAAACAACACCAAGCGUAAAAUAGAUGGUUGCUUGUUAGCUACCCAGGUAUCUUAUGGCUAGUGGGAUUACUAUCACGCCCUUUAAGAUAGUAACGUUAGUGAACUAUCAGCAAAAAGUUUUUUUUCUUCUUCCAGCUUGCCCCGCGGAUUGUUAAUUUAUGAACUGACAUGUAGCUUGCUGGAAAUUGUACCAAAAAACGUGUGUACUUGCAUGAUGUAGCCAUGUCGUGACGUGUAACUAACUAUCAGUUUUGCCUGUUCACAACAAGGGCACGCACCUAUUCUACUACGUUAGUUGCAUAUAGUUCAGUAUAACGGACCUGUGAGACUGGUCAGUUGUGUCUCAGAAUUAUUUACAGAUAUGAUUUUGGGAUGGUUUGUAGUUAGUUGAGUCUGUAACUUCGAGAAAUUAGUUUAUCGUCUGAUCCACUCUACUGCACUUGUGUGGUGCAAACUGUGGCUUUAGUAUGGGGAUCAGAUAUCCGUUCAUAAGUUCUGCUGCACUUCAAAGCGAGCCUAGCUUUGAAGCACUCGCCUGGGUUACCAAGACAUUUACCCAAAGAACAGUGUGGAAUGAUGUAAUUAUUUGGAACUUCAGCCUUUGCCAUUAAGAGGAUCUGAACAUGGAGGGGGCAACGGAGGUUGUGGAGGAGAUCGCCCUUCGCCUACAGAAGGAUGGUGUCUCUUCUGACGCCUCCCCCCAACAGAGGCUUUGCCACCUGUGGCAGCUGCUGGUGAGGAGUGAGGGGGAGCUGAAGACCCUGCGCACACAGCAGGCUACAGAGAUGAAGGAGGUGGAGAAUUAUGUCGAGCACAUCCGCAACCUGCUGGAGGAGCGUGAAUCCCUAACAGCGGAGUAUGAACGUGAGAAUGACCAGCUCCGCGCUGAGCUCGCCCAAAUGAAGCACCAGCUAGACUCCCAGCGCAAAGAGGCGGUGGAGAUGCUGGAGCAGGAGGGCCUGGCGGAGAUCAGCCAGAGCAGCUCCAGCGAGCAGGUGGCCUACAUGCUGGUGGAGAGAGCCACGUUGCUGGAGCGCCUGGAGGCCGCCGAGAGGAAGCUGGACACCCAGGCGCUCACGGACAACCUCCGGGAGGUCCAUCUACAGGAGGAGCUAGAUCACAUCCGACACACCAUGGGGGAGGAGAUGAGACAACAGCAGGAUAGCAUCCAGUGUGCUAAAGAAGGCAUGGAUAAGGAACAACAGUCUCAAGGUCACAGUCCCUGGAGGAAGCUGUUUGGAGUGCGCAAGGCGACACAGAGGGCACACAUUCGUGCCAGUGUCCAGAUUGAGGAGUUACUGAAGCAGAGGGAGCAGCAGCAGAGACUGGAGAGGGACCUGGAGGAAGCUUCCAGACGCCUCACCAUGGCGCACAGGGAGAUACGCCAUCUCACCGACGAGCUGGACUCUUUACAGAAAAACAAGGGCUACUGUGGGUCUGAGCUGCAAAGGCCUAGACAGGAAAUGGAGCAGCUGAAGCAGGAAGUAGAGCACCUCAAGCAGUGUGAUAUGGCUGAGCUGCACAGGCUCAAAGAGCAAAAUGAAAGGCUGAAUGAGGAGAUCCGAGCACUCAGGACACGCGUCCGCUGCUUGGACGGUGAACGGAAAGGCCUUCUGGAAAUGAUUGAAGUGUCAAAGGCAACAUCAACAAGUCAUGAACCCAAAAUCUCCGCAGGUCACUCUCCCCUGCAUCUUGGACAGGGCAGUGAUGCAAAUCGAUUGAAUGGUUCCAUAGCAGCAUCUGAAGAUCAGGAAGUUCAUAAAAGGUGCCGGCGGGAGUCGGAGGACCAGGAGUGCCGUCUGCGGGAGGUGCAGCGGCGGCUUCAGAAGCUGCAGGGGGAGCACGAGGAGCUAGUGGAGAGGAAUGAGGAGCUGGAGGCUCUCCUCGGGGAGGAGCAGAACGCCAGCAAGGAGGAGCGCGAGCGCCACGAGGGCGAGGUGGAGGGCUUCAGGAGGAAGAUCAAAAGCAUGGAGGCAGAACUGAACAAGAAGCCAACAAUACCAGCCCUGGUCCCUGCAAAUGAAAGAAGUGUGAACACACAGCAGCAGAUAGAUGCCUUUGGGGACAGGGUGGCGUUUCUGGAGAGCCGGCUGGAGGAGGAGAAGUCAUGGAGAAAGCAGCUUGAGGCAGACUUGACUAUGGCCCAGACUGCCCUCAGGAAGGACAAAGAGAUCCUGCAUAGAGAUCAGGAAGAGUUGAAGGCCUUGAGGUCAGAGGUGCAGUCACUACGAGCCGAGUGUCAGCAAGCCAAAGCCCUCAGCCACAUGCUGAUGCAAGUGAAAGGAGAGAAGGGGGUCCUCGAGGAGAAGGUGGCACAGUUGGAACGUGCCCACGCUCGACUUAAGAGCGACUUGGCUCUCCAGGCAGAGAACAGCCCGGCCCAGAAGGACCUCAGGGAGAGCUGGGGUCAGGUGUCUGAGCUCACGGCUCAGGUGGAGCGGGUGAAGGCAGAGCUGUCCAGCCUGGAGAAGGAGAACAGAGCACUCAGAAGUGACAUGGCUGAGAGGAACCGGCAGGAGCUGGAGCUCCAGAGGAAGCUGAGUGAGGAGGCGCAGCUGCGUCUACAGGCCGAGGGGGAGAGACAGCGGCUGGGCCUGGAGCUCCAGCAUGUCAGGGACCAGCAGCAACAGCAACAGCAGCAGCAUCAGCAGCAUCAGCAGCUGGUUUGGCUGGAGGGGAGGAGGCCCAAGCCAGAGGGGGAGCCCAGACCAAUGCCUCCCUCUGGGGCCAGUCUGCAGGAGGAGGGGCGCAGUCAGCUGGCGUCUCUGAAACUGGAGAUGCAUCGGCUGCACUCUACGCUGGAAGAGGAGAGAGAGCUGGCCAGCCAACACCAGCUGGCCCUGCAGGCACAGAUCAAUGAAGCACAUGCCCGAUCAAAGUCCCAAGAUUCAGUCCUGCAGCAGAAAACGGAGGAAAACAAGCAGCUGAGGCAGGAUCUGGCCCGCACCCAGAACCUCUUCACCUCAGCUGAGCGCGAGCUGCGCUACGAGAGGGAGAAGAACCUGGACCUCAAGAAGCACAACGCUCUGCUGGACCAGGAGAAGCUCAAGGUGUGUGCGGAGCUGAGGCAGGCCCAGGCCAAGCGGAGCCAGCUGGAGCAGAGUGAGCACGAGCAGGUGGCCCAGCUGGAGCGGCUGCACCAGAAGAGCCGGGAGCUGGAGCUCCAGCUGGCCCGCAGCGCCCAGAGCCGUCAUUCCACCAGCAGCCUACAGGAGGAGCUCUGCACCGAGAGGAGCCGCCUCAUCACUGCUGACAAGAAGGUGCUGGAGCUGCAGCAGCACCUGAAGAGCACCCUUCACCGGCUCCGUCUGGAGGAGGCGCGAGCCGGAGAGAUGUCCAAGCUGGAAAGGGAGAGCAGGGACCUGGCCGACAGCCUGUCUGCCAUCAGGGCCAAGCUCCAGGAGGAGCAGCUGCAGAGGAAGUUGCUCGAGCAGAGGGAGGAAGAGCUCCAGCAACAGAUGCGCACCCUGAGAGCGAAGGAGGCGUCUUUAGGUCGCACAAACUCAGAGCUGACUCACCGGCUGCAACAGCUGGAGACCCGCCUUCUGGUCCUGGAUAAUGAGCAGGAUGCUGCCAGAGGGGAACAGCGUGUGGCUGAGCAGAUUUGCCGCGAUCUGAAGGAGCAGAUGGCGUCUAGUCAGCAGGAGUCCGAGAGGUUGCAGGAGGAGCUGCAGCAGGCCAUGCUACAGCUCGACUCCAACAUUCGGAAGUACAACGAGAAGCAGUGCCAAUACAAGUCCAAGCUGCGCAAAGCCAAGCAGGUGUACACGAGGGCAACCACACAUCGGGACCGAGUCAUUCACAAGCUUGAGAACGACAUCAUUAUCGCCAACAGUCUAUCUGAGAGAGAGCAGGACCGUGUGAGGAAGGUGAUGGAGGAGAACGAGAAGCUGCUGCUGGAGAGGAGGGAGCUCCUGCAGCGGGUCACCGAGGCCGAGGAGAUGGGCACCGAUGGCCUCCGCACUGCCACCAGCGUCCAGCAGAGGGUGAACAUUCUGGAGGUGGAGAACAGGCAGCUGCAGGAGAAGACGUUACGGCUGGCCCAUCAGGUGGGGGUGCUGGAGCGUGGGCUGAGGAACAUCCACUCCACCUAUAAUACGGAGGAUUUGAAGAAAAUGCUUCCUUCGGACUAUGAUGGAUUUCUCCAAAAUUCUGGAUCAAGUGCAAAAUUGGGUGUGGGUGACCCUCUAGGCAUCCUGGACUCCAUCCGCAGGGUGAAGAUGGGGGAGCACCUGGAGAGUCUCAAGUCCUCCAUCUCCGUGGCCCUCUCCCAGCCCUCUGAGCUCAGCUACCUGAACGUGACGUCCCCUGAAGGGGCCCAUGCCACCAGGGACCAGGAGGACCGCACCAGUGUGGCCAGUGACGAAGCCUGAAACGCUUCUAGCGCUUUUGACACUAAGACUCCAGCAAUGUGGGAAGUAGACUGCCACAGAUACAGUACAUGUGGCGUUUGUGAGAAAGGAUGUGCCAUAACGUGUCGUCUAUGAUUUCUCUCCCCACUGAUGAGAAUUUGUCAUCCCACAAUAUUGUCAAUGUAGUGGACUACAUGUUCACAUAUGCGCCAACAUGGGCAGCUUGAAUUGUUGAACGAGAACAAGAAUGACAAAAGGCAGAGUUCAAACAGUUGGCGAGAAAAAAAAACAGCCGAUCGCUGACGAUGUUCAGGAUUAACCUUUACUUCUUUGGAUCAAUGUUUGUCAUUGCAAAGCCCUAUGUGUAUGUGAUUUGUGCCCAAGAAGACAAUGAAUGGUACUAUUUUCGUUUUUAUCAUUUGUAUUGCAAAGAACAUCAUAAAAUAUUGUGAUAUAGUUGUCUUAUGAAAGAUGCCACACUGUUUGUCACCUUUUAAAAAGUAGACUAGUUCAGCUUGACCUACAAAGGAAUAACGUGCAACAUGCAUGAAUCCAAGUGGUUUUGGGAGAUUACUGGGUGAGAUUCACAUACGGGAGUUAUGUACGCAUGAAUGUAUGACUCCAAGAUCUCUCUGUCAUCCUUGAAGGGUAGUAUCAUUACACUACCUGCCAUACACCUUGUGGAAACUGUUUAGGUCAACAAAAUAGAUUACUGUGGGUAAGGUCACUUCUACCAUGGUGCAUGGUGUGGUUGACAUACUUGCAUCACACAUCAUUUCCAGUCUGUUGUUCCAGUCAUUGUUUCUGGUGGCUUGCACCCUUUCUGCGAUGUGCUUUUCCCUAUCGCUAAGGCCAAGCCUUUGUGUUUGAUACCAGCAGUUGGCACCCACUGCCUGGGCCUUUGAAUCUUAUGCUAGUAAUAAACUCAAAGAAUGCCUUAUUUAGGAAAGGGAACAUUUCCUACAAAACCAAGAACAAAACCAUUUCACUGUGCUAUUACUCUAUUUUGGUUGCUUUUGAGACAAUCUGAGAGAGGAGGGAAAAGUUAAGCACUUUUUUUAGCCAGAGAUUAUAUUUGUAUGUUAAGGACUUUGGGUGGAACGUGCUAAUGUUGUACAUAUGGCAGUGCAAAUGAUUUGGCUGUAUCUACCUAUUGCCUAAGACACUCAUACAGUUCAAUGUCAUUUAGAAACACUAUAGGGCCUAUGAAUGAAAUGCAUGGAGGUGGUGCAUGUGCUUCCUACUAAGUUUUAACAAACGUAACAGGACAUGAGAAGUAUAUUAGCUAAUCAUGUUAAGGAGUGGUAGCCAGAAUAGAGCCACGUGCUCUGACCACAGUGCAUGGCUUUCACAAGACCAACUUCACUGAUUGUGAUUUAAGCAACUGAAAAUCUUAACCGCAGUUUUGUGGCUAGCUGUUCUCCAUCUGACACAUUCUUUUCUUAACUGGUUAUAACCACUGUUAUUCGGCCGUGUCUACCAUCAUCAUUUUCAUGCCAAUAUAUUUAAAUGUAUUGAAUGACUUUCAGAAGUUUGAUAGACUUUGUAUGGUGUUUUUGACAAAAUAAUGAAAGGGAGUUGGAAAACAAGUUGUAUCAUUGGGAGAUAUACUGAUAUUUUUGUUACAUUUGAGUUAGAUAAUAUAAGUUAGUCACAUUUGGGAUUGUAAUAUCGGGUUAACUAGUUAGCUGAGCUGUGGAAUACAUGGAGGAGUCUUUAGUGUGUGUGUGUGUGUGUGUGUGUGUGUGUGUGUGUGUGAGUGAGUGAGUGAGAGAAGGUCACAACUCUUGGUUAGCACUUCGAGGGACAUCUUGUGUAUUGUGACCGGGAAUUAGGAUGUCUGAUGAGACACUGGUGGGGAAACAUGGUUGAACUGGAUGUUAAAACAAUGAAUACCAGACAGGGUUGAAUUAAUUGUCUUCUUCAUUGUUUUGAAGUUAUGUUAAUACCAAGGUUUUCAGCUGGUACAAUUUGCAUGCCUCACGUUUGAAUGGGUCCAGUUGGUACAGUGCUGUAACAGUCAUGACGGGGUAUCCCUAAAGAGGUUCACCCUCCACCCAGUGGCUAUUAUAAUGGCCAGUGGAACCACGUGUCCAGCAGCCUUAUCAUCCAGUACUUGGCUGAGAGGCUUGAGACCAAAGAUUCUAGAACAGAGCUCCGCUCUAGAAUCUUUGCUUGAGACGUUGGUCCUGAAAGCCUCAGUGGGUCAGUGCCAGUGGAUGCCAAAUGCAGUGUAUUAUCCUGAACUUUCUGUAUCAGUGUGACACCCAAAAGAGCCACACAGUGUCAAAUAUUCCAUUGUUGCACUGCAGUGAUUUCUCACCCAGCAGAGGAAAACCACCAUGUUUUUUGGCAUUAUGGCAUUUAGGGCACAUUAUGUUACUGUGACACUGGUAUUCAUUUUUGUGUUUAUUGGGAAGCAGAGUGUUUUACCAACCACUCAUGUUUGAGAAUGUGAUUUUUGGCCCUGUGUAUUACAACAAUAAGAACUAUAUAUUUUGUUUAAAGUAUUUUAAUAAAAAUGGAAAUAUC